GAUCCUUAACCCACUGAGCAAGGCCAGGGAUCCAACCUGCAUCCUUAUGGAUGCUAGUGAGAUUCAUUUCCUUUGAGCCACAACAGGAACUCCCUGGAGUACUUUUAAGUGACAUUAAUCUAGGGGCUGGGUCACAUAUCCUCAGAGGCCCUUUGAGUGACUUAUCUAGGUUACAAAGGCGAUCUCUGUGCACUUUUGGAAUCUGUUACAUCCCUACAAUAUGGGGGCUGAGGUAUGGCCUUCGGACAGGCUCAAGGGGCUCUAAAAACCUAACUCCCAAUGUGUUCAGAAGUCUCGAAAGCAUUUCAGUGUUGUCUGGCCUAGGAACUAUAGGGCUAUGGAUGGAGUGAAAUCUCAUCACCCAGGAGAUCUUUAAGAGUAUUUCUGCUGGACCAUCUGGACAAUGGAGAGAGACGGCAGUGUUUCAGCGAGGUUUGAAUGAGGUCACUUCAGUUAAACACUUGCUCAUCAGCCCUGUCCUGUGUGUGCAAGCCUUCAUAGCCACCGAGGAGAGAGAGAGCUGAACCAUCCAUCAUAGCCCCUGCCUUCAUGGAGCUGACCAUCUCAAAGGAGGAAGGUAGCUUAAUAAACAAGUAAUUUAAGUACAAUAUAAUAUAAGUAAUAUAAGUACAAUGAGUGUUCUUGAUGGAGAUUGGCACUCCAUUUUUUCUUAAGAGGAGUAUCACCUUAGAGGAUCAAGUGGAGAUGGUGUGCCAGCACAUAGCAUAAAUGGAUAUCUAGAUUGCUUGGGAGCAAGUGACAGGGUAAAGGCUUCUUAUGGUUCAGUUGAAGGCUGCUAUGUCAUAAUUAAUCUCCUCUUUGUUCAUUCUCACCCAUUCACAUUACUGACCUAGAUAGUCUGUCAUCUAGGGGAGGACCAAAAGGAAUCACAGAGCCAGGGAUGUUGCUGGGGCUGGAGCUCCUGGGAGAAUUUUUAAAAGAGCCUUUUCUCCUUUUCCUGGGGAAUCGUGAGUUGAAGCUGAAAAUCUCAGCCUCUUCUCACUUAAUGCUGUGUCUGGUCUGAAUCUUCCUGGAGCCCCGUAUCGGUACUAAAACAUUGUUUAAACAUUGCUUAUAGGUUCUCUGGCCCCAGGUGACUGGGGGCGCUGCUGGGCCACCCUAAGUUGCUGCCUUGCCUCAUUACUGGCCCCAGCAGGGAAGAGAAUGGGUGCGUUCAGCUCGCACACGCACGCGGUGAAGUGCUGGGGAUCGCACUGAGCAGCCCCAGCUUGCCCCACCCUGCUGGGGAAGGGUGAGGAUUUUAUUUAAGGUGGUCUGGGACAUUUAGGCACCAGGCCUCUCUGGGCAUCUCAGUUUAAGAUUCCCAGGUUUGCAGAGGGCUUGGACCAAGGCUCCCCUCCCCCUCUAGGGGCGGGGCAUUUUAACCCUUUGGCGGAUGCCCAAGAAAGUGCUUAUCUUCAGAUAUUUCUGCCCCUCUCCUCUUCCUUCUCCGGCACCCACACACCCACGUUGCUCACCCACCCUCUCCCUCACUUGCUGUCCCAUCCUGGGACAAAACAUGUGCUGUGUCUUUAAAUGGGCGGAAGUGGCUGGCAGUGCUUUGCUUGGGUACUGCAUUGAUUAGGAGAUUAUAUGGAGCUGCGGGAGCUGCUGCCUGGGGGAAGAGAGGUGCAGGUUUUGCUAGGUUUUUGCAGUCCUCCCGGGCUCUCCUUGCGUUUCUUCCCCAAGGCUGCUCUGAGCCGGCGUGAGGUGAGGGUGGGUGGGUGGCUGGCCAGCCUGCCUGUUGACAGCAACUCCAGGGCUUGUUUUGCAGCCUUGCCAGCAUUACCCAUCCUCAUCAGAAACUGGCAGUGGCAGCAACCGCUCGAGCGGGCAGCUCCAGCCCCGGGCUGGGUUUGCAGAAGCUGUCCUUUGCCUCCUAGCCCAGCUUUUAGCUGGGAACGGGGAAGGAAGGAACGCAGCAGAGCACUUCUGGCUGGCGCUGUCCCUCUCUCUCUCUUUCUCUCUCUUUUCUUUCUCUUUCUGUGUUCAAGUCACAUUGCAUGGGAUUCUGUUCUUUGGGGACUUCGUCAUCUUUUCAAAUAUGUCCUGGGACCUCUGGAGCUGUAACCGGGAUGCUAACGACACGGUCAGUGGAUUAUCGUGACUGUACUAAUGAAAGGAUUCAAGCUCUCCUGCACUGCCAGUAACUCAAACCGCAGCACGCCGGCCUGCUCCCCCAUCCUCCGGAAGCGGUCUCGCUCGCCAACCCCGCAGAACCCGGACGGAGACACCAUGGUGGAGAAGGGCUCAGAUCACUCCUCGGACAAGUCCCCGUCCACACCGGAGCAGGGUGUGCAGCGCAGCUGCUCCUCACAGUCUGGCCGUAGUGGUGGCAAAAAUUCCAAGUCUCACAAGCGCCUCUCAAAAAAAAGCCAGAGUUGGUAUAAUGUGUUAAGCCCCACUUACAAGCAGAGAAAUGAAGACUUCCGAAAGCUCUUUAAACAGCUUCCAGACUCAGAGCGCCUGAUCGUUGAUUACUCAUGUGCACUCCAAAGAGACAUUCUUCUUCAGGGCCGACUCUACCUCUCUGAAAAUUGGAUCUGCUUCUACAGCAACAUCUUCCGCUGGGAAACUCUGCUGACCGUUCGUUUGAAAGACAUCUGCUCCAUGACGAAAGAAAAAACAGCUCGCCUCAUUCCCAAUGCCAUCCAAGUUUGCACUGACUCAGAAAAGCACUUUUUCACGUCCUUUGGGGCCCGGGAUAGGACGUAUAUGAUGAUGUUCCGCCUCUGGCAGAAUGCCCUCCUGGAAAAGCCCCUGUGCCCCAAGGAGCUCUGGCACUUUGUUCACCAGUGCUAUGGGAACGAGCUGGGCCUGACCAGUGACGACGAGGACUACGUGCCCCCUGAUGAUGACGUCAACACGAUGGGCUACUGUGAAGAGAUCCCCGUAGAAGAGAAUGAAGUGAAUGACAGCUCGUCCAAAAGCAGCAUAGAGACCAAGCCAGAUGCCAGUCCACAGCUGCCCAAGAAAUCAAUCACCAACAGCACGCUGACGUCCACGGGAAGCAGUGAAGCGCCCGUCUCGUUUGACGGGCUGCCCCUGGAGGAGGAGGUGCUGGAGGGCGAUGGGUCCCUGGAGAAGGAGCUCGCCAUCGACAACAUCAUUGGGGAGAAGAUCGAGAUCAUCGCGCCUGUCACCUCCCCCUCGCUGGACUUUAAUGACAAUGAGGACAUCCCCACCGAGCUCAGUGACUCUUCUGACACCCACGACGAAGGGGAGGUCCAGGCCUUCUACGAGGACCUGAGUGGCCGGCAGUACGUGAACGAAGUCUUCAACUUCAGCGUGGACAAGCUCUACGACCUCCUAUUCACCGACUCGCCCUUCCAGAGGGAUUUCAUGGAGCAGCGACGCUUCUCAGAUAUCAUCUUCCACCCGUGGAAGAAGGAAGAGAAUGGAAACCAGAGCCGAGUGAUUCUUUACACCAUCACCCUUACCAACCCCCUGGCUCCCAAAACUGCCACCGUCAGGGAGACACAGACCAUGUACAAGGCGAGCCAGGAGAGCGAAUGCUACGUGAUCGACGCCGAGGUCCUCACCCACGACGUGCCAUACCACGACUACUUCUACACCAUCAACCGCUACACUCUCACGCGCGUGGCUCGGAACAAGAGUCGACUCAGGGUCUCCACAGAGCUGCGCUAUCGAAAACAGCCCUGGGGGCUAGUGAAAACUUUCAUCGAGAAGAACUUCUGGAGUGGGCUGGAGGACUACUUCCGCCACUUGGAGAGCGAGCUGACCAAAACGGAGAGCACCUACCUGGCUGAGAUGCACAGACAGUCUCCCAAAGAGAAGGCCAGCAAGCCCCCGACGGUGCGGCGGAGGAAGCGUCCCCACGCCCACCUGCGGGUGCCGCACCUGGAAGAGGUGAUGAGCCCCGUCACCACACCCACGGAUGAAGAUGUGGGCCACAGGAUCAAACAUGUGGCAGGUUCCACGCAGACACGGCAUAUCCCCGAGGACACCCCUAGCGGUUUCCACCUGCAGAGCGUGUCCAAGCUGCUGCUGGUUAUCAGCUGUGUUCUGGUGCUGCUGGUCAUCCUUAACGUGAUGCUCUUCUACAAACUCUGGAUGUUGGAAUACACCACCCAGACCCUCACUGCCUGGCAGGGUCUAAGGCUCCAAGAAAGGUUACCCCAGUCUCAGACAGAGUGGGCCCAGCUCUUAGAGUCCCAGCAAAAGUACCAUGAUACUGAGCUCCAAAAAUGGAGGGAGAUCAUCAAAUCCUCGGUGAUGCUUCUUGACCAGAUGAAGGACUCACUCAUCAAUCUUCAGAACGGCAUCAGGUCCCGUGACUACACGUCCGAAAGCGAAGAGAAGAGGAACCGCUAUCACUGACAAGGCAGGAGCAGGGGUGUCUGCUGGAGGCCUGUGCAAUACCUGUACAUAGACCAUAUAAAUAUAUAUAUAAAUAUAUAUAUAUACAGAAUAUAAAUAUAUAUAUUAUAUACAGAUUUUAAAAAGAGAUAAUGCCUACACACCAGGGAGAAGGAGCGGGACCGCCUCCUGUGCUGGCCGACGGAGGGGCCGAGGAGGGCAGGGACCACCUCUCAGCACCGACCUCCCCUGAUCCUCCUCCUCCCCAUCCUCUCGUCCCCACCCUUCCCCUCGCUGGCCGUCUUGGCUCUGAGAAGGGAAAUGUUGUUGAGCCAAAGUUAUGCCUGUGAAGACCCCGGGGUGGUGGAAAAAAGUCUCCAGGGGGCAUUGCUUAAGGUGCUUCAUUCCCUAAUCCCUUCUUGAUUUGUUUCCAAAAUAAAAGAGAAUCUCUUCUUCCCCAGCUUCCCCAAGUGUUCUCUUGGGAACAGGAAGCAUCAAGGGCAGGAGCCCAUCCAGACGCUACCGUAGGAGGUCCCCCACCCCCCCACCCCGCCCCACACAAGGACCACCCACAGUCAGGUGGAGAGGACAGCUGAGAAGGCUGCUCUUGGGGGGCUUGGGCUGCAGGCCCUGAGGGCUUACGCUCUGAAGGCCAUCCUCGUCCAUCGCCCUCUGCGCCUUCCUCUAACCAAUAAGGGCUGGUGACUUCUUCCUUCCCCCCCCCCCUUCUCUCUGGUCUUUUCCCAGGCUGGAUCUGGGUGAAGUGUCCCUUUUUAGUGCCUAAAGCCCUAUUUUUUCUCUGUGCCCUAAGAGCACAUUGUUUAUUAGUCAGGGUGGAGCAUUUUUGAUCUUGCUAAACCUCUUUUAGUGCUUAUAAGCAAGUCAGGUCUGGGGCUCUAACCCCUUCACUUGGAGCUGUCAUUUGAUUUCCAGGCCGAAUCAGGGUGUUCUAGGACCUCCAGGGUUGGAGAGAGUGAGUGCAGUAGCCGUGUACGGAUUGCAGGGUCUCGCCACAGACGGCUGUGUGAGCAGCACUAACGCUCUGGCUGCAGCAUCUUCACUCUCAGUGAAGAGCCCGCCUAGUCGAGGGAGACAACUCUCUGAGAUACUUUGCACAUGGAGGAAGACUUCAGCUGUUGGAGGGAGUGGAUUUGACAAAGGUGCAUGCGUUUGGGCAGCAAAAAGCCAGAUCGAGUCUGCCCCACUGGGGGCCAUUCCAGAUCCUGUUUCUCAGACUUGGGAGUGGAAGGUCUGGCAGAGGGAGCAAAGACUCCUCUGGUCUCUGCCCCCAGAGGUAUGAGGUCACUGAGGAGGACAAAGAAGACCAUGGUUUAGGAGAGUGAGCUAUCUAGGACCUUUUCAGGAUGGGCUCACAGAACCCAUGAUUUAUCAGACCACUAACUGCUCUUUCUCCAUGUAAUGACCCAAGGAGUCCUGCCAGCCCCAGGCAGAGCUGGCAGAGGUCCUUGAUCAGGAAAGGAGCACACCGGUUUGGCAAGGAGAGCUCUUCCAGAUUGCUUGUUUUAGAGGACGUCUUGAUGGAAAGGGCGGAGGAGAGGAGGAAGACGCAAUCCCUGACCCAGCCCCAGAGAAGAGCAUGCUGCAUUCUCUUGGUCUGGCCUGGGCAUCCCACUUUGGCAGGUGAAAAACGUAUUUGACUUUUCAGUCCAUCUGAGCAGGAUGAGAGGACAGAGGUGAGCCCAGGCCAUCCCCCAAGGGGACUAGGAGGUUCAUGGGGACCAGGAGAAUUGAUAUCCGUCCUUCAGAAAAGGAAAUAAGGUGGACUCUCAUCCUCGUGAAGGGCGCAUGUGCCCACAGACCAGCAGGUCCUUAUACUCCUCUCCAGGAAUUUGAACGGGAGACCCUGGGGAGGGUCAAGGCUCAUGGGCCCUGAGCCAAAGGAGGAGGAACAAUGCAGGCUGCCAGGCAUUGCCCUGCUGGAGUAGCCAGACAUCAGAAUUAUUCCCAGAACUUUUGAAAGGAAAAAUGACCAAGUCUCUCAUUCAUUCUCUAUAUAAUUAUUUAUUUAUUUCACUUCCUGAGUUAUUAAAGGUACCAGGGUGGGACUUUCUGGGUGACUUAAAAUGAGCUCUUUGCUGGGAUUAAAGUGGUGUCAGUAAGCCUGGCUGCUCAGAAUUAUUCCGCUUUUGUGUCACCUCGGAGGCCCAUUCUAGGGAGGAGAUGGUGACAGGGAGGUUUGUUCAAGGAGCUAUCUGGAUUUCUGGGGAUUGGAACCCAAGCAACAGUGUGUACACAGGUGGGGGGAGCUUCCCUUGGCCUGCCUCAUCGCUAAGAAUCAUGGAUCUUGUGUGGGCCCUUUCUAGUCUAAUGAUUUUUUGACUUUCAAACCAGGAGAAAACUAGCACCUCUUCACUCCCAGCCACAGGCUCCCCCCCCCCCCUUAUUCAAUAAUCUGUCAAAAAGAAAGGCCUUCCCCCUUGCAGAGAAGGCUGGGAGUGAAACCGUCAAUAGCAUCGAAACUCGUGGCUGGGCGCCUGGCUUCUAACUCUGUGUAAGGGAGCAUUGAAAGCACCACUUUUUGUUAUUUCUCCCAGCCAGGGCUUUUUGUUCAUUUUCUCCUGUAAGAACGCAGUCAUUUAGAGGAGGCUUUCCGUGAGGGUUCCUAUGGUGAGCUGUGUGAGAGCUUGCACUGAAUGGUGAGACUUAGCAGUUUCUAGGCAGGUGGGAACAGCUUCAGGGUCUGCGUUUCUACCCCAGCUGACUGGGGCGCGAUUGGCACGCCUGGUGUGGGAGAGGCCAGUCAGGUCUGUAGCUCUCUCCAUCCCCCCCCCCCCCCCCCCGGGACAAAGGGAUGGCAUCCCAGGACAGCAAGACUGGCAACGCGAAUCUCUCUGUCAGGGCCCUGGGCUGAGAGAGCCGGCAGACCUGGGCCUGAGUCCUGCCUCUGCUCUUGGCGCAGUCCCUCCUGCUCUCUGAGCUUCAGGACUGUCAUUUGCGUUUCAUUUUUGUUUUGUCGUUUAUAGAACUGCACGUGCGGAAACAUGGACGUUCCCAGGCUAGGGGUCGCGUUGGAGCUGCAGUUGUUGGCCUAUGGAGCGCCCUUUGUAACAGGAGAGACUUGAGAUGGUUUAGCUCGUUCAGGGUAGGUUCUAGCUUUGGCACAGUCUUGGAGGCCAGGUCAGAGACUGGCAAAGCUGGCUUUCUCAAUCUUGGAAGGUGCCUCGCCAGGAGAGGACAGGCCUUCUGGACUAGAGCUUCCCUGGUGUUUAGAUGAGUGGGAGGGCAUUGUCUGGGUUCCAGGGUAGUUCAGCUUUCUUCUUUAUGAGCUGGGAGGGUUGGGGAGGGCCAGUGAGGGGAUGGGGGAGGGAGAGAGAGAGAGAGAGAGAUCAGGCUUGCUGUAUUGCUCUGUAUUAGCCUAGGAGAGUGUUUCUUCCUUUGCUGGUCUCAUCUUAGUUUGGGAAGAGUCCUUCCUUUGGACUUUCUCUAAGCUGGGAAGAGGAGGAUGGUGGCGAAAAGGACAUCCUCUUGGAUUGAGCUCCUUGUCUGUCCCUAGGCUCUGACGCCUUUCAUCUGCCCAUCCCCGCCUCCUCCUUGCUGGAGAAAACAGUGGAGAGAAGUCAUUCCUGGUUCUACCCCCUCUCUUGGCUCCAACCUCAUUGGGGUUUGGGUUAAGUGUGAAGCUUUGGCUAAAAUCCUUGGCUUGCCUGAGAGCGCUGGCACUAAGAAGCUGGGAUUUUACAAGGAAGGAGAAGGACCCAGAAACUUCAAGAGAGAUGCUUGGGUAGAUGUGGAUUUUUUCCAUUGCCUUGCCCCUGACCCAAGCUGGGCCCGUGUCCGGUACGUUUGCAGGCAGCAUCUCUAGGGUAAAAUCUUGGAGGAAUGAUGAGGGGAGGAGUCUUUCUGGACUGUUGGUGGUCUCAGCAGGAUCCUUUCUGUGCCAUACCACACAGCAUCUUUAGCUCUGCAGGGCAAGGCCAGUGCUUCCUCCCCAGGGUCCCCCAGGAGAAACAGCGCUCUUCUCUUCCCCCAGGUGACCACGCUGUGGUCUCCCUCCUGCACCCCCCCACUCCAUCUGCCCGCCCCAGUAGGAGGGUUGAGAACCUCUCUUCCUGACUCUCCUCCUCCAACCCUUGUCUCUAGGCUGUGGGACAAUCUUCCCAUCCACCCCUUGACAUCCUUGACCCUCGUCCCCCAAAGUCCAGCAGGCUGGCCCCAAUCCCCUACACCUGUUUUCUUCCAGAAGAUUCAUUUUGGGGUCUGAGAGGAGUGUUUUUCUGGAAGGCCAUCUUUCGACACCCCUGCUUUCCUGAUGUGGAGCAGGAAUUUGCACACGGUGUAGAGAGCUACCCUCCCUACCUCUCUGCCCAGCCUUGUUACCUCACUCCUGCUCCGGCCGUGGCUGUGAUGGGCCUAAGCCAGCUCCCUGUUUGGAUGUUCUGUAUGAAGCUCAGGGGUCUUGGGCAUUGUUUUCUGUUGUGACUUGAGGUCCUCAGCAGGCCUGGGAGCCCAGAGGGAAGCUUUGGCUGCUGGCAAGAAGCACCUGGCCUGCCAAGAGGAGUCGCAGCCAGACGAUGUAGCGGACACGCCAAGGCGUAAAGAACAUUGUCGUCUCUGCCUCUCGGCCUUCCUUGCUUCUCUCAACAUGAUGAGACGCUGCAGACGCAAAGUGGUGGCCGCUGCUCCAGGCAAGACAGCGGUCUCUGUCUGGAGGGCUGGCCCCAGGCUCGGGGGCCACACGCUGAGAUUGCCUAGUGAAAACAACCAUUUUUGCCAACAGUAGUGUGCGGCUCCCCACGUUUCUCUCUCCUGCACUCUCGGGCCAGACCACGCUCUGCAUGGACCAGAUCAUCUUCCCAAACCCAUGGUGCUUUCCCCCCGCCUCAACCUCGACUCCAGGGUGGGGAGGGAUGGGUCAGAGGCCCUUGCGGCCCCUGGAUAAUCCUGACGUGGAGUGGAGAGGGGUGAGGCAGAGGGAGCAGCCCCAAUGCCUGCGCUGGGCUACACAUGGGAAAGAACGGGCUGAUUGCAGUCAAGUCGUCUGGCCGUCUGUAUUGGGAUCUCUAACUGUACUUUGCCUGGCGCUGUGCGCAAGGUCUGAAAGCUUAACUGCUAGUACCUAGAAACAUACAAGGCUUCCCGGUCAAAUCUUAAUGUAAAGUAGCUAGAGCCAUGGAAGUACAGUAUGAAUUAAAAGAAAAAAGUAUUGAUCCACAAUGAAUAAA